CCUGUGUUUGGCAUCAUGAUCACAGACAGACGCGCAGCUCAGCGCUUCAACUCUCUCUCCUUCUGUUUUACUAUUUUAUUUCCACGGACAUCUUGUUCUCCAGUCCCGCAGAAGAGUUUAGUGAGUGCGGACUGAGGACUUUCAGUGAUGGCUGAGCCGCUGCUCAGAAGAACCUUCUCCAAACUCCGCGGAAAAGAACGAUUCCGCCGCAAAACAGACUCUAAACUCACCGAAGUGACGGGGAAGGUGGAUCUUAUCCAAAGUUCCUCAUCAACUUCUGCAUCCACCUCAGGCCAAGCUGAGACGGAGCUCUCAGUUGUAGAAGAGUGUACCCGACGCUCCCAGAUCACUGUCUCUAAAAAACAAAACUGGGCCAAACUUCCUUCAACAUGCAGGGACCCGGCUAGUGCAGAGCUUUGUCCAAGCAUAGUCUACGGACAUCAGGACUGGGAUUUGUGCUCCGCAAAGGCCGAGGUUUCAAACCAGGCAUGUAGCCAAAGGACAUUGAGUGAUGAUGGCUUGAAGAGGAAGCUGAAUGAUCUGGAAUUGGAGUUUGGAUACCCCAGGACGCCAUGCGAUGCUAUUGACGCUGGUUUACCAGAGUUGACCCCUGCUUCUAUGGCCUAUAUGGAAGCAUGUGUCUCGUCCAGCUCGGUUAAGAUCUCUGGGCAAGGUGCCUACCUCCAGCACCUGGACAGAAGCAGCAGAGCCUGGGUACUGUCCACAGGAAAGCCCCAGGCUUCAGACGAGACCCUCCCAACCAGAAUCACAGAGUGGCGACAGGGACCAAAUGUAGAUGGAAAUAUUUGGUACAACCCCAUUCCUGAAGAGGAUGACACACGGGCUGGUGGAGGAGUGGAUCUGGAAAAAUAUGGAGACCCAUGGAGGAGGAGAGGGUUUGAGGGAUCAACAAAGGAGAAAAGAGACCAGAAGUGUUCACAGGGUUCGACUCUUGCCAGCUCGGAUCUGGUUGGGCUACAGUCUGAAAAUGUUAUCUCUGCUUGCGGAGGAAAUUCCGACAGUCCUGUGGUGCCAAAGAAAAGCCCUGAAGAAGGUGGGAGUGGUGGCAGUGUGAUUGACAGGAUCAAGUCUCCAGGAACAGUGCGGCGACUUUCUAUGAAGAUGCGUAAACUCCCAGAACUAAGACGGAAACUUAGCCUACGUUCAUCCCGUAAUCAGCGGCACGGACAGGGCCAAGCGAAUGCCAGCAGUGCACCAGGAGUGUUGGAUGAGGCAUCACCCCCAAACGUAUGCAAAGAAUCAUCUAGCGUCAUCAGCAAGUACCACCUGGACUCCAGCGCCCCCGCCAGGCCAAGACGCAGAUCAUCACGAACACAUUCUUCUAGUAAAGGAGGUUAUCUUAGCGACGGAGAUUCGCCCGAACUCCUGCCAAAGCAGGGCUCAGGUCAGGGGUCGAACGGGUCACCUACAACACCGCCACACUGUGGAAUUAAUGAUUCACUUGCUGUGGCAGACGCAGAGUCGUUUCGCUUGUACUCGCUGGCAGAUCAGCCGCGCUGUGCUCAGAGACUUUCGGGCCUGCUCACGGUGCAUCUACUGGGCGUAGAAGAGCUACUACGUUCCCCACGGAGCAACACGACUAAAGAAGUCUUCUGUGCCAUUCAGGUGGAUGGGGUGACCCGAGCUCGAACCGCCCUGCUCACCUGUCGAGGGGCUUGUCUACCUCUGAACCACACUUUUAAUCUGGAGCUCGAGAGGGCGCGACUGCUCAAACUGGUCAUCUUGACGCCAACCGCUGCCAACGCAAACAAUGGGACUUCUAUGCCUGCUGCUCACGCCCGUAACCGGGUGUGCUGUCUGGGUGCUGUAGCCAUACCUUCCCUCUUCAAGGCCUCUCGCAGUCAGCAGUUGUGUGUGAGGCUGGAACCUCGUGGUUUGUUGUAUGUAAAGUUGACCCUGCUGGAGCACUUCAUGACCCCAUUCCCCCGCCUCAGUGACCUGCCUCCCCCCACUGUGUUUGGGGUUGAGCUGCGCCACCUGGUUGACAAGGAGGCAUCUGCUCUCAAAGUGCCUCUGAUCAUUCAGAAGUGUGUGUCUGAGAUCGAGAGGAGAGGCCUGAGGGUCGUGGGAUUGUAUCGUCUUUGUGGUUCGGCAGCAGUGAAGAAGGAAUUACGAGACUCGUUCGAGAGAGACAGUGCAGCAGUUACACUAAACGACGAGUUGUAUCCCGACGUCAACGUCAUUACUGGCAUUUUGAAGGACUACCUGCGUGAGUUGCCGUCUCCUCUCAUCACGAGGACCCUGUAUGAAGUGGUUUUGGACGUCAUGACGGUUCGGCCGGUGUGUAGAAAUGACAGCGACGCUCAGAGAUCAGAAAAUACGGUCGCGCUGCUGCAGUGUCUGCCUGAAGCUGAGAGGGCCACUCUGUCCUUCCUGUUGGAUCAUCUGAGUCUGGUGGCGUCUUAUAGCGACAGCAACCGCAUGACGUUUCAGAACUUGGCAGUGUGUUUUGGGCCGGUUCUGUUGACCCCCACACAGGAGUCCUGGCAGGCCGGACUGACGGCACCCUGUUCAGGGGCACUAACGGGAACCGCGUCCAGUCGAGGAGGGCGGAGCUUUGCACACAGUGAAGAGAUCGCCAGCGCUGUUGACUUCAAGCGACACAUCGAGGCCCUGCAUUACCUUCUGCAGCUCUGGCCUGUUCCCAAAGAAAGAGUGACAGACAACUCCGACCAAUCAUGGUUCACCGCGGACGCCCUCGCUGCUCUCACAUCCCAGAAUUCCUCAAUGCAACGGGCUCAGCGUGUGCCACUGCGUGUAGAGCUUCCGUCCGCUCAGGAUGUGGUGGUGGUGUCACGCCGGGGGCGUGGCCGUCUGGAGAGCCCGUCCUGCAACCGUUACGCCGGUGAUUGGAGCGUUUGUGGGCAGGACUUCCUGUCUAACGAUGAAGUGGAUUAUGAUGAGGUGGCGGGCAGCGAGAGUGACGAUGACCUCGAGCAGCAGACGAAGAAAAGAAACGUGUGGACGUCACCCGACGGUUUGUACGUCGAUGAUUUUGCACUGGACUUCGACGCGCCGUUUACGUGUCGGCUGAGUCUAAAAGACUUCGAUACGCUUAUUUCAGACCUGGAGAGAGAGUUGGCCAAACAAAUCAACAUCUGCCUUUAAAACAGGACCGUCAUGAGCCAUGUAGCUAUUUAGGAAUGUGCAUUUUUCUCAUAUUGACUGUUCAAAUACUCGACAGUUAAUCGCUGAGUGUUCUGGUUCUGUCACACUCGCUUCUGGACGACACUUUCGUUUCUUUGAGGUGUCUCAGAGCGGUUGCCAAGAAUUUUGUCUUGUAUAUGAACACUCCAAACAAACUCCGAUCAUCUUUGAAGUCAGUUUGCUUAGUGAACGCAACAUGCUCUAAUUUUACAUUUAUUUCAGACGAAAUUUUAUGAACGCUAAUUUUUUUUCCAGCGUCUACGAGCGCUGCGUUUUUUAAGACGGCAUGUCAAGCUAAAAAUAGUUCAGCUUUUAAAUUGUCUCGAGAUCCCUGUUUUCUGUUUAGUAGAAUUAAUUAAAAUCUCAUUUUUUACAUAAAUAUUACCAAAAUUCAUAUUAUAUGUAAAUUUUAAAGACGUGAUUUUAGUUUGGAUAAAAACUACAAGACAACUGCGAUCACCAGAUUUGACGAGACUUAUGCAGCAAGAAGCAAUGGGCAAAGGCAUCCACCUAAGGGGCCGUUCACACUGAAUGCAUCCUUGCAUCUGUUCGUGCUGUUUAUCUAUGUAAACAUGCGCUGCUGUGGCAUCUUUGAUCAUUGCGGCGCGUCUUGCUGUUUAUUUAGCGUCUCUGCAGGAGCGUUUUUUAGAUGCUGUGUCGGUUUAAAAGAACUUAAAAGGGAUAUUCUGGGUUCAAUACAAGUUGAGCUCAAUCGACAGCAUUUGUGGCAUAAUGUUGAUUACCACAAAAAUUAGGUUGGACUCGUCCCACUUUUUCUUAAAAAAAAAAAAAAAAAAAAAGGCAAAAA